GAUACGGAUGCCGCGUCAAUGCUGACUCGUCAACUUGGCUUUUAUAUAAAAGCACUUAUCAAUCUAUCAGAUCUCAAGAAGCAGAAAAUAAUUUUCAGCUGCAAAGACUAAACAUUGGAGAGAGAAGAAAAUGGAUUUCAGCCAAGGAUGCAAGGACAAGAAGAAGAAAACAAUAGACCAGUCCAUGCUACUCUGCUGCAAGCUUUACAUAUCCGAAUCACGAAACCUCGCUGCCCUCGACACCAUUGAGCGUGCCGCUAGGCUCGACCCGGAGUCAGUCAUAGUUAACAAAUUUGAAGACCGAGAAUACAAUAGGGUCCGGUACACUAUUGUGUCAUAUGUCAUGCAUGAUAGCACAGGAAGUGCCAUAUACAGCCCCUUGCAGCAAACUGUCAUGGCCAUGACUGAGGCAGCCUUUGGAGCCAUCAACCUUGAGCAGCACUCGGGCGCUCACCCUCGGUUGGGGGUUGUCGAUGACAUUGUCUUCCACCCGUUGGCUCGGGCAUCUCUGGAUGAAGCUGCUUGGCUUGCUAAGGCAGUGGCCGUCGAUAUUGGUAAUAGAUUCCAAGUGCCAGUGUACUUGUAUGCAGCGGCACACCCUACAGGCAAGGCCCUAGACACGAUCAGGCGUGAGCUGGGCUACUACAGGCCAAAUUUCAUGCCAGAUGCUCUCCAAGAAAAGCCCGACGAAGGCCCAACUUGCGUAUCUCCGGCCAGAGGUAUCACAAUGAUCGGGGCACGUCAGUGGGUUGGCUUGUACAACAUUCCCAUAAUGUCCACGGAUGUCGCGGCCACUAAACGGAUUGCACGGAUGGUGAGUGCCCGAGGGGGCGGACUCCCAACCGUGCAAACACUAGGAUUAUUGCACGGUGAGGACUCGACGGAGAUAGCUUGCAUGCUCUUAGAUCCCAACCAAGUCGGAGCGGACCACGUCCAAAACUACGUCGAGAUGCUUGCGGCACAAGAAGGGUUGGACGUGGAGAAGGGGUACUUCACUGAUUACUCACCAGAUAUGAUUACUGAAAAAUACAUGAAACUAAUUUCAUCUGCAGAACAAUGAUGGCAAGUGGAUAUUGUGAACUUGGAUCUUCUAUUUAUAUUUCUAAAAGAAAUUCAAUGUCUUUUUACAUCGCGCUUGUAAAUCUAUGGUUACAUUAAUCUACAUUUCGGUUUUUUUCCAACUCUUA